AGUGCGCUUCCGGCGGCGGUUGCCAGGGCAACCAAGGAGGUUAGGGCUGUGGUGCCGUGGUGCCGUGCCGCGCCUCCUGUCCCAGGAUGUUCAUCUACCUGUGCAAGAAGAUUGCAAUUCCUGGCAAUGUCCGAUUAAGAUGUAUUUCCUGGAACAAGGAAGAAGGCUUCAUAGCCUGUGGUGGAGAGGAUGGAUUACUGAAAGUUUUAAGAUUAGAAACGCAGACAGAUGAAGCAAAAAUAAAGGGACUUGCAGCUCCUAGCAAUCUUUCUAUGAAUCAAACUCUUGAAGGCCAUAGCGGUUCUGUGCAGGUGGUGACGUGGAAUGAACAGUACCACAAAUUAACAACCAGUGAUCAAAACGGGCUCAUCAUUGUGUGGAUCAUAUAUAAAGGUGCUUGGUAUGAAGAGAUGAUAAACAACAGAAAUAAAUCUGUUGUUCGAAGCAUGAGCUGGAAUGCUGAUGGACAGAAGAUUUGUAUUGUAUAUGAAGAUGGAGCUGUGAUUGUUGGAUCUGUAGAUGGCAAUCGCAUCUGGGGUAAAGAUUUGAAGGGUACACACCUGUGCCAUGUAGCCUGGUCCUCUGAUAGCAAAGUUUUGCUCUUUGGAAUGGCAAAUGGAGAAAUCCACAUUUAUGACAGUAAUGGAAACUUCAUUGUGAAAAUGAAGCUGAGUUGUUUGGUGAACUUAACAGGAACUUUCCGCAUUGCUGGAAUACAUUGGUACCAUGGUACAGAAGGCUACGUUGAACCAGAUUGUCCUUGUCUUGCUGUCUGUUAUGAAAAUGGAAGAUGCCAGAUAAUGAGAGAUGAGAAUGACCACAAUCCUGUGUUGAUUGAUACUGGUAUGAAUGUAGUGUGUAUUCAGUGGAACCAUUGUGGAAGCGUAUUGGCACUGGCAGGCUCCCUAAAAGGAACAUCUCCAGAUAAAGAUAUAAAUGUUGUGCAGUUCUACACUCCAUUUGGUGAGCACUUGCGCACACUGAAAGUUCCUGGCAAGCAGAUAUCAGCCUUAUCUUGGGAGGGAGGUGGACUGAAAAUUGCACUAGCUGUUGAUUCUUACAUAUAUUUUGCAAACAUUCGGCCAGAUUACAAGUGGGGUUACUGCUCCAACACGGUGGUUUAUGCGUACACCCGACCUGACCGUCCAGAGUACUGUGUUGUUUUCUGGGAUACAAAAAACAACGAGAAGUAUGUGAAAUAUGUCAAGAGCCUGAUUUCCAUCACAACCUAUGGAGAUUUCUGUGUGUUAGCAACCAAAGCAGAUGAAGAUCAACCUCAGUAUGUUUUGGUUCUCUGCAAUUCUAUUGGCACUCCCUUGGACCCUAAAUACAUCGAUAUUGGGCCGUUGUUUGUCACAAUGACCAGAACACACGUGAUAGCAGCUUCCAAAGAAGCAUUUUACAUCUGGCAAUAUCGUGUCGCCAAGAAGCUCACAGCAAUGGAGAUUAAUCAGGUAGCACGGACCAGAAAAGAAGGCAGGGAAAGGAUUUAUCAUAUUGAUGACACUCCUUCAGGAUCUGGAGAUGGACACCUUGAUUACAGUAAAGCUGUUGAAAGGUUCACUCCUACUGCAGUAUUAAAACAAGUGUUGGUGUUUGUUUGCUUUCAGGGAACAAGAGAUCCAAUUUGUGCAAUAACAGCAUCUGAUAAGAUACUACUUGUGGGAAGAGAAUCUGGCACUAUUCACAGAUACAGUCUUCCUAAUGUUGGCAUAAUUCAGAAAUAUACCCUGAAUUGUCGGGCACAUCAGCUGUCUUUGAACUGCAACUCUAGCCGUGUUGCUAUCAUAGACCUUUCAGGUGUUUUGACUUUCUUUGACUUGGAUGCACGAGUAACAAGCAGUACUGGGCAGCAAGUGAUUGGAGAACAGCUCAAACUGGAACGCAAAGAUGUCUGGGAUAUGAAAUGGGCCAAAGAUAAUCCAGAUUUGUUUGCAGUGAUGGAGAAAACAAGAAUGUAUGUUUUCAGAAACUUGGAUCCAGAGGAACCUAUACAAACUUCUGGAUAUAUUUGCAACUUUGAAGAUUUAGAAAUCAAAUCUGUUCUUCUGGAUGAAAUACUAAAGAAUCCUGAACGCCCUAACAAAGAUUACAUCAUCAACUUUGAGAUUCGUUCAUUACGAGACAGUCGAGCACUGAUUGAAGCAGUUGGGAUUGAGGAAUCUUCCCAGUUCAUAGAAGAUAAUCCACAUCCCAGACUUUGGCGUCUCCUGGCUGAAGCUGCCCUUCAGAAGCUAGAUCUGCAGACUGCUGAACAAGCUUUUGUGCGCUGCAAGGAUUAUCAAGGUAUUAAAUUUGUGAAGCGUCUGGGCAACCUGCAGAGCGAGUCAAUGCAGCAAGCAGAAGUGGCAGCCUAUUUCAGCAGAUUUGAAGAAGCUGAAAGAAUGUAUCUGGAUAUGGACAGAAGAGAUCUUGCCAUUGGACUACGAAUAAAACUAGGAGAUUGGUUUCGAGUACUGCAGCUACUGAAAACUGGCUCUGGUGACUCAGAUGAUGCCCUUCUUGAACAAGCACACAAUGCUAUUGGAGAUUAUUUUGCAGACCGUCAGAAAUGGUUAAAUGCUGUACAGUAUUAUGUACAAGGACGGAACCAGGAACGUUUAGCUGAAUGUUACUACAUGCUAGAGGACUACCAAGGACUAGAGAAUCUGGCUAACUCACUUCCAGAGAAUAAUAAGUUACUCCCUGAUAUAGCUCAUAUGUUUGUGAGAGUGGGGAUGUGUGAACAAGCUGUUUCAGCCUUUCUGAAAUGUAAUCGACCAAAGGAUGCAGUAGAUACCUGUGUACAUCUUAACCAGUGGAAUAAAGCUGUGGAGCUGGCUAAAAAUCACAACAUGAAAGAGAUUGGAUCCUUGUUAGCAAGAUAUGCAACUCAUUUACUGGAAAAGAAUAAAAUCCUUGAUGCAAUAGAACUCUAUCGUAAAGCCAAUUACUUCUUUGAAGCUGCUAAGCUCAUGUUCAAGAUUGCAGAUGAAGAGGCAAAGAAAAGAACAAAGCCUUUGCGAGUUAAAAAGCUUUAUGUAUUAUCAGCUUUACUUAUGGAGCAAUGCCAUGAGCAAAUGCAAAAUGCACAGAGAGGAAAAGUUAAAGGUUCAGAGACUGCUUCAGCUCUGGCGGGUUUGCUGGAAGAAGAUGUCCUUUCUUCAACGAAUCGCUUUGCAGACAAUGCUUGGCGAGGAGCAGAAGCUUACCAUUUUUUCAUACUUGCACAAAGACAGCUCUAUAAAGGUUCUGUAGAUGCAGCACUUAAAACAGCUCUUCAUUUGAGAGAUUACGAAGACAUUAUCCCUGCAGUUGAAAUCUAUUCUCUUUUGGCUGUCUGUGCGUGUGCAAAUAGAGCAUUUGAUACUUGUUCAAAAGCCUUUGUUAAACUAGAAUCCUUGGAAACUCUUAGCCAGGAGCAAAGGCAGCAAUAUGAAGAUCUUGCUCUAGAGAUAUUCACAAGACAUUGUCCGAAGAACAACAAAAAAACUGAUCUGGAUGACGUUCUUGAGAGCGGAGAUGGGAAGCUUCCUGUAUGUGUUGCAACAGGAGACCCUAUCCUGGAGUAUCGAUUCUGGAUGUGCAGUGUGUGUAAGCAUUGUAUGAAAGCCAAAGAAAGAAGCAAUUACAACUUCUGUCCUCUGUGCCACUGCUCAGCGUAGUGAAGGACAGGACUGUGUCCCCUCCCAGUCUGCUGCAUCUCAGAAAAGGAUCUUCAAAAAUGGUUAUUUUUGUAUGUAUGACAUUUCAAACUACACUGCCAGUUCUGCACUCUUACAGAUAGUGCCACUGUUAUAGAAAUGAUUCAAAAUAACAACCUUUUUUCAGCCUCUGUAAGAAAGGCUUAAGGUAACAGCAUUCUUUGAGCCUAAUUUCUGAAUCAUGCAAAGUGUUUUAUUACAUUUGCGUGAGCCCCUUUUCCUUGUUGCAGUCCCAUAGGAAAUGAUUGCAUUUUGUCAAACUGGCCAUUUCUUGGAGGCGCAAUUCUUCAGUUGAAACUAUUGUGAUGGAAUUAUACACAUUUUUCUACUACCAUUUUCCUGAAGCGGCAUUUCUAUUUAGCGACAAGCCUGCCGUUUCAAAAGCCGACUGUCUCUACACUGAACCAUCCGUCUUACUGCACAAAGAACAAACGCGGCUUUAUGUGGGAAUGACUUUAUUAAAUAUUUUUCUAUUCUGACA